AUGAGAUCAUUCGAGACCUCCCAACUCGAGCAAGAACAGACUGGCACUAAGCAAGACAAGAAUAUGGUUGUUGGAACGAUCUUGACAGUAGUAGCACUUCUAGCUGGCUCAGCGAUAAUUCCAUUGGUUGAUGAGUAUAAGGGAGUCCCAUUUGUUUUGAGAACUUUGUGGAGAUGACAACUGUUGGUAAUUUAUUGACUGCCUAUUGGUGCCUAUUUUUGCUAUAUUAAUAGGGCAGAUAUUGAUUUAUCGAAGGUGUUUACUAUGGAGACACUUUUGGAGUUUCUUUGAUCAGCUUUUCUGUGGACAACUGGAUCAAGUCUUUUACUCCACAGCUCAGAUUACACUCUAGUAUCCCACACUUCUAUUCUGGUCAAUCUAGGAGGUAUUUGCAUUGUAUGUUUUAAUAUAAUUCGUGGAACUCCUGUGCAUAAGCUAGAAAUAAUUGGUACCAUUUUUGUCAUUAUUUCUGUUGUUAUUUGUAUAAAUGAUAGUUCAUCAUCUAAAACUAAUGAUCAGACGAAUAUCGUUCUUGGUGAUAUUAUCGGUUUAAUUUGAUCUCCAAUAUUCGGGUUGUAUUUUGUUGUGAGUGCUAGACUGUUAAAGAAGCUCCCCUCUAUAUGUAUUGUUGAGGUAAGUUUUACUAUCCAGUUCUUUAUCACUUCUGCUUUCUAUAUUUGAUUCUACGAUAUUAAAGAUUUUUAUUCCUUUGAUAUUCAAUAUGGGAUUCUUGGAUGGGCAUCAAGUGAGUACUUGUUAUACUCCUUGACUGCUAUUGGUAUCAUUACAGGAGUGUUUGGAAUUGGAGGAUAUGUGUUCACAUUAAACUAUUUCCCUCCACAUAUUGUUGGAACAAUUUAUCUUCUUGAACCUGUGGUCGGCCAAAUUCUUGGAAUCAUUCUUGGACAAGACAACAUGCCAGGUAUCUUUACAUAUGUUGGAACUUUCGGUAUAAUGGCUGGGCUCGCUCUCUCGAUCAAAGGUGAUCUCAUGAAAGCACCUAAAGCCUCUGAACUGCAAGAUAAAGACUCAGAAAAGAAUUUAUCGAUGAUGCAUACUCCAUCCAAAGAAUCGAUCGACUCAGAAAAUUCAUCACUAGAAAUGAUGCUGAAAUAAACCACUCGUUUCAAUCCUCAAUA